AUGGCCAGACAGGUGAAGAAGACGGACAUGGAGGAGCGGGAGGAUCUGUACUCUCGCCGCUGUAUCAACAGUAUCAUGAUGUUGCCAAAUGUUCCUAACACCAUCACCAAGGGCAUCCCCACCUUCCACACCAACAUCGUCGCCAUUCUCAUCGCCGUCUCCUCAUGGACCACCACGUCUGCCGCCUGCGAGCAGUUUGGCAUUCCCGGAGCGAUAGACAUUGUGUUGAAUGAGGUGACGGCGAUAAGACAGGCGACGAUGUUGGUGUGGACGGUAGGGACGCCCAUCGUCAUGGUGUUCGGAACAUUCGGCAACAUCAUGAUACUGUUGAUACAGAGGCGAGAGUACAGCGCCUCCCACUCCUCCAUGUCCGUCUUCUUCACCUGCCUGGCCAUCUCCGACCUCACCUCCCUGUGGUUCGACCCCUUCUUCUGGUGGCUGGAAGCAUUGAAUGUCUUUGUGUACUAUAGUCUCCUAUGGAAGAUUCGAGUGUUUGCUACCUACGUGACUGGUCACAUGUCACCGUCCAUCUUAGUGACCAUGACCACCCAGAAGGCGGUCAGCAUUUUGUGGCCACACAAGGUUAACAUCGUCUUCACCACAGGUUUCGCCAAAACCUUGAUGAGCGGUUUGCUCGCGUUUUUCGUUAUACUCAAUUCUCACCUGCUGUACGGUUUUACUGUCAUCUUACCUUCAAACAUCUCUGUGGUCACGUGUUACGACUCGUUUGUCAACAUCGAGUAUGCAGUCUUCUUCUUUAAUAUCUGGGGCUGGGUCGACACAUUUUUUUCUAGCCUCGGUCCUGUUGCUCUUCUCUUAGUCUCUAACUCCGUGUUGAUGUGGAGGGUGGGUCAGUCUCUACAAGAGGCCAGAAAACGGUUCUCGGCAGGUAACACCGAUCAGUUACGUGCACGUGAGAAGAAAACGUCGUCCAUGACCGUGAUGUUGAUAGCAACUUCCGUUACUUUUCUGUUGCUUACGUCACCACUUUCAGUGUACGUUACAUUCCGCGAAACGUUUCUGGAAGAAGCGUAUAGAGAUCAGUACAUAGCAGAUGUUAACGACCUUCUCUUGGCUGUUUUCCAUUUAUUGUGGAUGGUAAACAAUGCUGUGACCUUUUACCUCUAUUGUCUGACGGGCGCCAAGUACCGGCAGAAGUUCUGGAGAUCAUCUGUGUGA